GAAAUUCCACUUAAUGGGUGGUGUCAUGCGUCGUGGCGACGUGAAACUGGAGGUGGGGACUCAUGCGAUUUGAGGUCUGCCACAUUUUCAGUCAAGUCCUUCUGGUGUUUUCUGUGACACAGCAGCAGGUAAAAUGCAUGUUAGUGACAAGCCUCACGCCUUACCCGAUGGGGCCAAAUUGUCUCCAGACUUACUUACUGCGAUUUGUGGUUAAGGGCGUAAUCUCUCACCGUUACACCAUCCUGUGCAUCUCUGAUGAAACUGCUUCUCCCAUGUAAUUGCCUUGCACAGACAAGUGUAAAAUUAACAGAUGUUUGUAUCUCUUUUUGGCCUCAUUGUGCUCUCAGCUUUCUUUUUUGUACCCUCUAAGGCUAAUUACAUAGAUGAUUGUGAAGAUCUGAGAAAUGAAACACUUUACACUAGCAAUGGAAAAGCCUAUUUAAUUAAAUGUGAAAAUUAUCUCACUGAGCUUUUUAAUAGUUCUGAAAUAAAGUUCACCUGGUACAAAUUGGGUACGGAAAUGGAAGAAAUCAUUGGGGAAAAUAUUGAAGUUCAUAAUGAAGCACUGUGGUUUCUACCCAUUUCAUUCUCAGACUCGGGAUCCUAUGUCUGUGAGAUAAGAACACCACAGAUGUGUACAAAAUCAACAAAAGUAGUCAUAGUCAAAGACUUUCCAUGUUUCUUUAUUGAAUAUCUGUCAUUUGCAUCACCUUUAAGAAGCACCAUAGUCCAGUGUUUUGCUAAGGAAGAUGUCAUUGCUUUAGACAAGAACCCAAACAUUGAAUGGCUGAAGGACUGUUGGCCAGUUCAGGAAGUCUCAAGCAAAACGGUGCAAACAAGUGAUGGUCUUCUUAUACCAAAUGUGACCCGCAAUGAUAUGGGGAAAUACACCUGCUUGAUUCAUUUUACCUACAAAGGACAUGAUUAUGUAACUUCCAGUACUAGCUUUUUAAAUAUUGCAGGUGAAUCAAAUAUCCAGGAGCCACUUGUGAUAAAUCCACAAAAUAAAACAAUGGAAGUUGCUGAAGGGUCCAACUUAAAUCUGACAUGUACAAUAUAUCUUGGAGGUGACAUGAUUUCACAUACCACGAUUUACUGGACAGUAAACCACAAACUACUUGAAUUCGUCAAUGAUUCAAGGAUUACACAAAUGCCUAACAGAGAAUAUGAAAUGAAUAAUGAAAAAUAUGUUGAAGUUGAUCUUUUAAUAAGAGGAGUUACAUCUAAUUUGUAUGAAAUUCCUUUGACAUGCGUUGUCAUGAAUGCUUUAGCCAGGCAUACAGGAAAUGUCACCUUAAAAUCAGUGGUCAACCACCAUAUUCGGUUAAUUCUGUUCCUGGCCAUUUCUGGAUGUAUUUUAUUACUUGCAGUAUUUGUUUGCAAAUAUUUCAAGGUUGAAAUUGCCCUUUACUACAGAAAAAUGUGUCAGCCCUUCAAAACUGCAAUAGAUGGAAAACUUUAUGACGCAUAUGUGAUUUAUCCAAAAACUGAAGAGAUGAAAUCACACAAAGCUGAAACCUUUGCCCUUGAGAUUCUACCACAGAUGUUAGAAAACAAAUAUGGAUACAAGCUGUUUAUUCUUGGCAGAAAUGAACUGCCCGGAGAAGCAAUUCACACUGUCAUUGAAGAAAUGAUUUCUAAAAGCAGAAGACUUAUAAUAGUCCUCACCAACUGGUGCCUCACAGAGAACCACUGGCAGACAAUAUGUGAGCAGCAGAUUGGGUUAUACAACUCAUUGGUUAAAAAUGAAAACAAAGUGAUUCUAAUUGAGCUGGAUAACAAUAUCCAGUAUUCUAAUCUUCCAGAAUCGCUCCAAUAUAUUAAAAAAAGACAAGGCAUCCUGCAGUGGAAUCAAGCCAGUGGGUUAAAUGGAAGGUUCUGGAAGCUGUUACGAUACCAGAUGCCUGCGCAAUCGAGAAUCAAAAGACACUUAUUGGAUGAUGUGGAGGGGGACAGAAUUGCAAAUCAUUUUUGAAUGUAGGAGAUCAGAUGACUUUCAGGCUACAAUUAAAAUCUAAAGGAAAUUUUGGAGUUGGUGCAGUUGGCUAGUUCUGUCUCUUCACAACUCCGGAGUCCAGGGUUCAAAUUGACCACUGUCUCUGUAGAGUCUCCUCACUAAUGUCUGAAUGUGUUUUUCCAGGUUCUGUUCUCUUCCCACAUUCCUAAAAUGCAUGUGUGUUAGGUUAAUUUACCAUUUUAAACUGACCAUGCAAUGGACUCAUGCCCAUCCAAGGUUGGCUCCUCCUUCUCACCCAAGGCAGCAAGAACAGGCCCCAGCCCCGUGACCCUGUACUGGAUUAGACCAUUUUUUACAAUGGGUGGAUGCUUCUGGAGAGACCAUUUUAUAAAUAAAUGAAGCUGUGCUUAUUGCCUUGUUUCCCAUAUAAAAUGUCUGAAUGACAUUUGUAGUUUUAAAUGGCUUUGGAUAUGAACCGCAAACUGAACGUAAUCAUUUGAAGUAUACUGUCAUAAUGUUUACACAUGCAGGUAAGGCUGUGAAGACUGGGACAAGUGAGAAUGUUUUGCUGCAAGCAUCCAUCCAUCCAUCCAUCCAUCCAUUUUUCAACCCGCUGAAUCCGAACACAGGGUCACGGGGGUCUGCUGG